CGUUUUUAUAUAUAUAUUUUUCCAAGGCUAGACUUUGGUCUAUUUUUCAUCUCUUGCUCUCGCUUUCUUUUCUAUUUUUUCUUUUUAACCAGUUUAACGCAAAAUAACACCCUCUUUUGUCUUUCUCUUUUAUAUUUCAUUUUUCACAAUCAGCUACACCACCGAAUUUCAAAAAGACACGUACUUUCCUCCUCUCUCCCCCUACUUUCUCUGGAUUUAUUGAAAUCUCGCCUUUACCAACAAAAAAAUGGAGCCGGAAAAGAGCACACUUAGCGACAGACACUCCGAGCAUGAGGCAGAGUACGUUGAUAUUCUGUCAGACCUUCGCGAAGCAGUGUACCGGCGGAGGCCCACCGACAUCUACCAGUUCUGCGCCACGUACUUUAACCAGAAAGGGGCUUUGGCGCUUCUCAAGAUGCACCCCAAUAUUCUCGAUCCUGUCGGAGAAGGCCCAGAGGCUGCAGCAGGAGCAGCCACAGCCACAGCCACAGCUGCAACAGCGGUGACGGCGGUGGCAAGCCAAACACGCCCGGAGGCUAAUGGAAACCAGGACGACUCGCAUUCGUGCAUGCGGCAGGCUUCAGAGCAUGCGUGGACCAGUAGUGGCAGCGCUUGUGGAAUGAUCAACCCCAACUUUAGCUUUGGCAGCAGCAGCAACAGCAGCAGCAGCAGCUUCCAGCAGCAGGCGGCUGAUGACAGCGGUAUGACAGUGGACAACGACGCGGACGAGGAGGCGCGCGACAAAUUCAGCAGCCUGGUCCUGUUGCCCUUUGCUGGGCGUCGGUUCAGUGUGUCUGCCGAAAGCAUGAACCCGUCGACGGAGGCUGAGUACAAGAAGAAGUUUGUCCCCAAGACCGAGGGCCAGAAGCAGCGGAUCCGGCAGGCACUGGACAACAACUUUUUGUUCAAAAACAUGGACGAGGACUCGUACCGCGAUGUCCACGUCGAGCGCGGCCAGAGUGUCAUUGUUCAGGGCGGCGUCGGCGACUACUUUUAUAUUGUCGAGCGCGGCACCUUUGACAUCUACAAGGCCAGUGGCGGAGAUCCCGUGAAGGUCGCCCAGGUGGCGGACGGCGGCAGCUUUGGCGAGCUCGCACUUAUGUAUAAUGCGCCCAGGGCGGCGACUGUGACGGCCACGUCGGAUGCCACACUGUGGGCCCUGGACCGCAUCACAUUCCGUAGCUUGCUGAUGGAGCGCACCUCGCGCAAACGCCGCCUCUACGAGCGGUUCCUCGAGACCGUCCCUUUACUCAAGUCGCUCGAGCCCUAUGAGCGCCAGAAGAUUGCUGAUGCGCUCGAGUCUGUCACAUUCAACGAUGGCGACGUUAUUAUGCACCAGGGUGACCCCGGACACGACUUUUUCCUUAUUGAGCAGGGCACUGUCAAGGUAUACAAGACGGAUGGGGAUGGCGUGAGCCGCGAGUACCCAGCGCUUGGACAGGGCGGGUACUUUGGCGAGCUGGCGCUGAUCGAUAAUCAGCCCAGGCAGGCGACGCUGAUCUCAUGUGGCCGUACUAAGUGUGCGAGAAUGAGCCGCGACGCCUUUAACCGCUUGCUGGGCCCUGUCAUCAACAUUAUCAGGCGCGAGGCUGGUAACUACAUGCAUAUCCAGUCGCUGACUGCUAAGCACUAAAGACGGGGACGUUGUAUGUGCAUGGUUACUCCCCCUUCGUAUUUGGCCCCUUUUACAUUAUUCUAACAUGUUUAUUUUAUUCUUUUUCUUUAUUGGCCAAUUCCAAAACAAACGUUAUCAAAACAAUUGU